AUGCCCCGAGUCCGGACUUUAAACACUAAACCUCCUCCGGAAGGAUGGGAAUUAAUUUCUGAAACCUUGGAAUCUCUCGAUGAUAAGAUGAAACAAGCUCAGCUUGAAUCCGGAGAGGGAAAACGUAAAACUGAAAUUUUGUGGCCAAUUUUUAGGAUACAUCACCAAAGAUCUAGAUAUAUUUAUGAUAUGUUUUAUCAGAAAAAACUCAUUUCAAGAGAAUUGUACGAUUAUUGCAUUAGAGAGGGCUACGCUGAUGCAAAUUUGAUUUCGAAGUGGCGUAAGCAAGGCUACGAGUACCUCUGCUGCCUACGUUGUAUACAGACUUCAGGCCAAAACUUCGAGACCACCUGUAUUUGUCGAGUACCUAAGCGCGACCUCGAGCCUGGAAAGGUAAUUGAGUGCGUUCUUUGCGGAUGCAGAGGAUGCGCUAGCUGCGAUUUUUGA